UUUGACUCUCGUCGCGGCGUGGUCAACAGCUCCGACGUCCGCACGUGCUGCGCCAAACGAUCACUUCGCCGCGCUUCUCUCGGCGCGGGUUGUUUCUCGCCGUCGGGCCACCGGGAUUCGGCGCUCGUGCCGGCGGUCUGCGGCGGCGAUUCGGGGUCCUUUCUUGAGCAUACACACAUUGGCCUCUCUGCGACGGAUGAUCGUUUUCCCGCGCUGCGACGGAGGAGCUAGGGCUCGAAUUCAAAUCCGAUUUCCCUAGCCCCUUCGACGCUUGAGCAGCAGCAAAAUCAGCUGAUUUCCGUCGUCCCCUUAGCUGCAACCAGCUCCGUGUUGUGUUGCUGUUCUCAUUCGCACUCGAAUCUUGAAUUUCUUCUUCACCGCUCAAAACCCCUCUCGAGAAUCAGUUCGCGCAGCGGCGGCCGAAACCCUCCCCCCGGAAAGUCGCGAUUUUGCUGCGGUAUGGCCAGUGCCGGAUACGAUCUCUCUCAAUUCGACAUUUCCAAGGAGGAGAAGGACAAGCUUGUGGGGGAAGUGAUGCGUUAUGCGUUGUUCAAGACUCACCAGAACUCGGGGUGUCCGAUCAAGAGAGAGGAGCUCACUCAGUUGGUCACUCGGAAUUACCGGAACCGGAACCUGCCCGCGCUCGUCAUCAACGAGGCCCGCGAGAAGCUCUCGAGCGUUUUCGGGUACGAGAUGAGGGAGCUCCAGAAAUCGCGCCCUUCGACUAACCAGACCCGGUCUUCUCAAUCAAGUUCUGCAGACAGCAGAUCCUAUGUCCUCAUGAGUCAGCUACCUGCUGAACUAUAUAGGAGGUAUGUGGAGGACGUAAAUACAGCCCAUCUGUCUGGUUUUACUUUUGUGGUGAUAAGUAUCGUGCAUCUUGCUGGAGGCAAAAUCCCAGAAGAUAAUUUAUGGCACCAUUUGAGACGGCUAGGAUUGCAUGAAACCGAUGAAAACCACCAAGAAUUCGGAAAUGUCAAGCAGGCAUUGGAAGCUUUAGUCCAGCAAAGAUAUUUGCAGAAAGACAAAGUUACUGGUCCAGAAGGUAGUAUGAUAUUGUACGAGCUUGCUGAGAGAGCAUUAGAUGCAAGAAUUAUUGAGAAGAUCAAAGAAAACAUAUCACAGGUUGUGAAGAAAGAUGUCACUUAUGAAGACGCGGAGUAGGAUCCAUUUAAAGGACAGAGUAGCUGUAGAUUCAUGAUAUCAUUCUUACCCUUUUUUUGUAUCCUUGUGGAAGAUUCUAUACUCAUAUGGGGCUGUACCCUGGCUUAAUGCUGUGGUUUUGCAUUUCAAUGUCAAGCUUAUCAAGAUACUUAUCUA